CAUUGAGUUUUCUUCCCUUGCAAUGGAGAAACAUACGCUAAGUUUUCGUAAUUUGAAAUUCGACUUGAAUUAUUUUCCAGGAAUGGGCAACAUAUCAAUGGAAAGUAGGCCCAAAUUCGUGGAGAAUCUGGAGGCAAGGACUCGAUUUAUGAGAAACGGGGUAUUCUGCAACACCCUUCUCUUGGCGAAGCCCCUUCUGAAGGAGGACGCCGUUUAUUGCCUCAACAUGGACGAAUUCUGUCAUCAUAGCUUGCCCUAUAUUCACAAAAUUUUCGUCAUGUACUUGACUAACUUGAUCAGUGGAAGUCAAGAAUUGAUAUACGCAAAAAGCGUUUGUCCAAAAAGCGAGCAAGAUACUUCAUCUGAGCUUCUGAACAAUUUUGAUGAAGUUGCUGACAUCUUAAUGCAAGUGCCCAUACCGUUGAGGCCCAACAUAGUCGCCAUAGUGUCUGAUUCGUUACAGAUGAACAUCCGUGCGCUGAAUAUAGUGGAGGACAUAUGUCCUUACGUUCAAAACUGAACAGCGAUCGGAUAAAGCUCAAAGGGAAGACAAUUGUGUCUCAUAUGCCGGUCAUGCCCCUAAAGAUGUGUGCCGAGGGUGGUGGGUUGCUCAGCUUUAUGGUCUAUGUCGCAGCAAGUGAUGUUUAAGAGAAAGGACUUUGCAUUUAUUAAAAUAAAGUGUAAAAUUAAAAUGAUGUACCCAUGA